AUGGCGCUGGCGGCGGCGGACCAGGCUGCAGUGCGCGCUCUGUGGAGAAAACUGAAUAACAACGUGGGCGUCUACACCACGGAGGCCCUGGAGAGGACCUUCCUGGCCUUCCCCUCCACCAAGACAUACUUCGCCCACCUGGACCUGAGCCCCGGCUCCGCCCAGGUCAAAGCCCACGGCCAGAAGGUGGCCGACGCGCUGACCCUGGCCGUGGACCACCUGGACGACCUGCCCCGUGCCCUGUCGGCUCUGAGCGACCUGCACGCGCACAAGCUGCAAGUGAACCCGGCCAACUUCAAGCUACUGGGCCACUGCCUGCUCGUGACCUUCGCCCGGCACUACCCCGGAGACUUCAGCCCCGCCCUGCAUGCCUCUCUGGUCAAGUUCCUGAGCCACGUGAUUUUGGCGCUGGCCUCCAGCUAUCGCUAA